AUGAGUUUCUUCAAAAGGUUUACGAGUAGUCAAGCCAAUUACUCACCCCUAAGUGCUAAUGAAUCGACACUUCCGAACCCUGUCACUCAAUCAUCCACAUCAUCCAAUCCAUUCAAGAAGACCUUCCAGAGAUUAAACCCAUUCUCCAACAACUCAGUCCAAUUAGAAGAUGACGAAAACUACGUCACUUCAGAACCUGGAUACUUUGAACUCUCCCGCUGGGAUAGAAUGUUAAUUUUUGGUCUUACAUUUGCUGGUUCAGUAUGCUGUUAUCUAAUUUGUAUACUCCUAUUCCCAGUACUUUCUUUAAAACCCCGAAAAUUUGCCUUAUUAUGGUCGUUGGGAUCUAUCUUUUUCAUAGUCAGUUUUGGGGUCUUACAGGGAUUCAGACCAUAUAUGGAACAUUUGUUCCUGUCUACCAGAAUCGUAUUCACGGUGGUUUUUGUGUCGAGCAUUGUGUUGACUUUAAUUAGUUGUUUGUCAUUGCAGAGUACGAUAUUGUCCAUGAUAUUUGCUGCAGUACAGCUUGUGGCCGUGGUUUGGUAUACUGUGAGUUAUUUCCCAAUGGGCAGACAGACGUUGAAUUUGGCUGGUGGUGUUGCUAGGAGUCAAGUUGAUAGUUGGAUUAAUUCUUAG